UCCUCCGAGUAUGGGCGGGUAAUCUAUGCCAGCAAUUAUGACAAUGUUAGCAGACCAUGCAGCUCGUCAGCUGCUCGAUUUCAGCCAAAAACUGGACAUCAACCUUCUAGACAAUGUGGUGAAUUGCUUAUACCAUGGAGAAGGAGCCCAGCAAAGAAUGGCUCAAGAAGUACUGACACAUUUAAAGGAGCAUCCUGAUGCGUGGACAAGAGUCGACACAAUUUUGGAAUUUUCACAGAAUAUGAACACGAAAUAUUAUGGACUACAAAUUUUGGAAAAUGUGAUAAAAACAAGGUGGAAGAUUCUUCCAAGGAACCAGUGUGAAGGAAUUAAAAAAUACGUUGUUGGCCUCAUUAUCAAGACGUCAUCUGACCCAACUUGUGUAGAGAAGGAAAAGGUGUAUAUUGGGAAAUUAAAUAUGAUUCUUGUUCAGAUACUAAAACAAGAAUGGCCAAAACACUGGCCAACUUUUAUCAGUGACAUUGUUGGAGCAAGUAGAACCAGUGAAAGUCUCUGUCAGAAUAAUAUGGUGAUUCUCAAACUCUUGAGUGAAGAAGUAUUUGAUUUCUCUAGUGGACAGAUAACUCAAGUGAAAGCUAAGCAUUUAAAAGACAGCAUGUGCAAUGAAUUCUCACAAAUUUUUCAGCUGUGUCAGUUUGUGAUGGAAAAUUCCCAAAAUGCUCCACUUGUACAUGCAACUUUGGAAACGUUGCUCAGAUUUCUUAAUUGGAUUCCCCUGGGAUAUAUUUUUGAGACCAAGUUAAUCAGCACAUUAAUUUAUAAGUUCCUGAAUGUUCCAAUGUUUCGAAAUGUCUCUCUGAAGUGCCUCACUGAGAUUGCUGGUGUAAGUGUAAGCCAGUAUGAGGAACAAUUUGUAACGCUAUUUACACUGACAAUGAUGCAGCUAAAACAGAUGCUUCCUUUAAAUACCAAUAUUCGACUUGCAUACUCAAAUGGAAAAGAUGAUGAACAGAACUUUAUUCAAAAUCUCAGUUUGUUUCUCUGCACCUUUCUUAAGGAACAUGGUCAACUUAUAGAGAAAAGGUUAAAUCUCAGGGAAACACUCAUGGAGGCCCUUCAUUAUAUGUUGUUGGUAUCAGAAGUAGAGGAAACUGAAAUCUUUAAGAUUUGUCUUGAGUACUGGAAUCAUUUGGCAGCUGAACUCUAUAGAGAGAGCCCAUUCUCUACAUCUGCUUCUCCAUUGCUAUCUGGAAGUCAGCAUUUUGAUGUUCCUCCCAGGAGACAGCUGUAUUUGCCCGUGUUAUCCAAGGUCCGUUUAUUGAUGGUUAGUCGUAUGGCUAAACCAGAGGAAGUAUUGGUUGUAGAAAAUGAUCAGGGAGAAGUUGUAAGAGAAUUCAUGAAGGAUACAGAUUCCAUUAAUUUGUAUAAGAAUAUGAGAGAAACAUUAGUUUAUCUUACUCAUCUGGAUUAUGUAGAUACAGAAAGAAUAAUGACUGAGAAACUUCACAAUCAAGUGAAUGGUACAGAGUGGUCAUGGAAAAAUUUGAAUACAUUGUGUUGGGCAAUAGGCUCCAUCAGUGGAGCAAUGCAUGAAGAAGAUGAAAAACGCUUUCUUGUUACUGUUAUAAAGGAUCUAUUAGGAUUAUGUGAACAGAAAAGAGGCAAAGAUAAUAAAGCUAUUAUAGCAUCAAAUAUCAUGUACAUAGUAGGUCAAUAUCCAAGGUUUUUAAGAGCUCACUGGAAGUUUUUGAAGACUGUAGUUAACAAGUUGUUUGAAUUCAUGCAUGAGACCCAUGACGGAGUCCAAGACAUGGCUUGUGAUACUUUCAUUAAAAUAGCUCAGAAAUGCCGCAGGCAUUUUGUUCAGGUUCAGGUUGGAGAAGUAAUGCCAUUUAUUGAUGAAAUUUUGAACAAUAUCAACACUAUAAUUUGUGAUCUUCAGCCUCAACAGGUCCAUACAUUUUAUGAAGCUGUCGGGUACAUGAUUGGUGCACAAACAGACCAAACAGUACAAGAACAUUUGAUAGAAAAAUAUAUGCUACUCCCUAAUCAGGUUUGGGAUAGCAUAAUCCAGCAGGCAACCAAAAAUGUGGAUAUACUUAAAGAUCCUGAAACAGUUAAGCAGCUCGGUAGCAUAUUGAAAACAAAUGUUAGAGCCUGCAAAGCUGUCGGACAUCCCUUUGUAAUUCAGCUUGGGAGAAUUUAUUUAGAUAUGCUUAAUGUAUACAAGUGCCUCAGUGAAAAUAUCUCAGCAGCUAUCCAAGCUAAUGGUGAGAUGGUUACAAAGCAACCACUGAUUAGAAGUAUGCGAACAGUAAAAAGGGAAACUUUAAAGUUAAUAUCUGGUUGGGUGAGCCGAUCCAAUGAUCCACAGAUGGUAGCUGAAAAUUUUGUUCCUCCUCUAUUGGAUGCGGUUCUCAUUGAUUAUCAGAGAAAUGUCCCAGCUGCUAGAGAACCAGAAGUGCUUAGUACUAUGGCUAUUAUUGUCAACAAGUUAGGAGGACAUAUAACAGCUGAAAUACCUCAAAUAUUUGAUGCUGUUUUUGAAUGCACCUUGAAUAUGAUAAAUAAGGACUUUGAAGAAUAUCCUGAACACAGAACGAACUUUUUCUUACUACUUCAGGCUGUCAAUUCUCAUUGUUUCCCAGCAUUCCUGGCUAUACCACCUGCACAAUUUAAACUUGUUUUGGAUUCCAUUAUUUGGGCUUUUAAACAUACUAUGAGGAACGUUGCAGAUACAGGCUUACAGAUCCUUUUUACGCUCUUACAAAAUGUUGCACAAGAAGAAGCUGCAGCUCAGAGUUUCUAUCAGACUUAUUUUUGUGAUAUUCUUCAGCAUAUCUUUUCUGUUGUGACAGACACCUCACAUACUGCUGGUUUGACAAUGCAUGCAUCAAUACUUGCAUAUAUGUUUAAUUUGGUUGAAGAAGGAAUAAGUACACCGUUAAAUCCUGGAAAUCCAGUUAACAACCAGAUGUUCAUUCAGGAAUAUGUGGCAAAUCUCCUUAAAUCUGCAUUCCCUCAUCUACAAGAUGCUCAAGUGAAGCUCUUUGUGACAGGGCUUUUCAGCUUAAAUCAGGAUAUUCCUGCUUUCAAGGAACAUCUUAGGGAUUUCCUAGUACAAAUAAAGGAGUUUGCAGGUGAAGAUACAUCUGAUCUGUUUUUGGAAGAAAGAGAAACAGCCCUUCGGCAGGCUCAGGAAGAGAAACAUAAACUUCAAAUGUCUGUCCCUGGCAUCCUUAAUCCACAUGAGAUUCCAGAAGAAAUGUGUGAUUAAAAUCAGAAGUCAUGCUGGUUUUUUUGUUGUUGUUGUUGGGUUCCCCCCCUCUCUGCAACUCUUGUUAGCAGAAGAAAACAGCAUCUGGAUAUUUGUCGACCAAAAUGAUGCCAAUUUGUAAAUUAAAAUGUCACCUAGUGGCCCUUUUUCUUAUGUGUUUUUUGUAUAAGAAAUUUUCUGUGAAAUAUCCUUCCAUUGUUGAAGCUUUUGUUUUGGUCAUCUUUAGUUUGCAUGAAGUUAAAAAUUAAGGCAUUUUUAAAAAUUUUACUUCAUGCCCAUUUUGUGGCUGGGAUGGGGGGAGGAGGCAAAUUCAAUUUGAACAUAUACUUGUAAAUUCUAAUGCAAAAUUACACAAUUUCCUGUAAACAAUACCAAUUUUUAAUUAGGGAGCAUUUUCUUUCUAGCCUGUAUUUCAGUCUAGAAGAAAAGAUAAUGAGUAAAACAAAUUGCGUUGUUAAGAGGAUUCUACGUGCUGCAUUGUCUGAAGUUAGCACCUCUUGGACUGAAUCGUUUGUCUAGACUACAUGCGUUACGAGUCUGUAUGGCAAGUUUGCAGCAAGAUCAUGUGCAUAUCAUCCCAUUGUAAAGCGACUUCAAAAAAAUAUGGGAACACAGUUAGUUAUUUUUACACAGUUCUUUUUGUUUUUGUGUGUGUGUGCUGUCGCUUGUCGACAACAGCUUUUUGUUUUCCUCAAUGAGGAGUGUUGCUCAUUUGUGAGCCUUCAUUAACUCGAAGUGAAAUGGUUAAAAAUAUUUAUCCUGUUAGAAUAGGCUGCAUCUUUUUAACAACUCAUUAAAAAACAAAACAAAACUCUGGCUUUUGAGAUGACUUAUACUAAUUUACAUUGUUUACCAAGCUGUAGUGCUUUAAGAACACUACUUAAAAAGCAAAAUAAACUUGGUUUACAUUUA